AUGGCGCCCGUCCUCGCAUUUGUCGUGACGUUGUUGAUGGCUGCUGUCUCUAUGGCAGCAUCACUCCCGCGACACGAGCCCCAUCGUCAAAUUAAGAGAGUUGUCGGCGGGGAGUUUGCCCCUAAUGGCAUGUACCGUUCGACAGUCCAUGUUUCGUUCAUGGCCGGCAGAAGAUGUGGUGGAGUCUUGAUAUCUCAAAACGCCGUUCUCACCGCCGGUCACUGUGUUUCCUAUAACGAGACGCUUGCCCUUUCAAUCUUUGCAGGAUCUCACGUUUGGAACCAUUCCAAAGCUCUAUCUGUUGUUACUGGUAUUAUACAUUACUCCGACUUUAAUAAACCUCAAUAUCAUAACGACAUCGCAAUAUUAAAGUUGGGAAUUCCAAUUCCAGAGAGCGAAUUUGUUAGUCAUGCCAAGGUAGGGAAGGACGAGGUUUCUGGCGACGCCAGGGUGACAGCAGUAGGCUGGGGUUCUACAACAAAUGCUACGGGGCCUGGUGUUGAGAAAUUGCGGCGUGUCCAUCUUUCCGUUAUGGAUCAGGAUAAAUGUGCGCAGGCUUUCAAAAACCAGACUGAGUCUCCUCUCAAAGUUGUUGGGAAGACCAUGAUUUGUGCUGGAGAAAAAGGCAAGGGGUCUUGUGCCGGAGACGACGGUAGCCCCUUGUAUGCCUGGGGGACAGAUACGGUGGUUGGGAUUGCCUCCCUGGGUCCUACGUGCGGUUCAGACCAAGCUCCGGCUAUAUACACCCGGCUUUCGCAGUAUACCCUUUGGAUUUCUCGAAACAUGUAA